CCUUUCAGAGCAGCUGGCAGAGGCCAGGUAAAGGCAGGGAGGAGACCCUGGGUGGGACAUUACUGAAGGUCUAUAGUUACAAAAGUGGUGAGCAUUAUGCCAGGAUUUACUGCCUGCUGUGUGCUCUCCAGAUGUUUCUUGGGCGGAGAAGCAAAGAGAUACAAGCAAAAACGGAAGGAUACUGUGAUGUGAAUAUUACUUUUCUGCCAGCUCAAGCUCUCAAAGCUUUUUUUGGGUGCCUGCUUGGGACCCCUUGCACAUUCCUGUGACAAGUGCAAAGCAAGCCAACUUGGCACUCAGUUGAGGACCAGGGACACUGUGCAGAUGUUUGCUGAAACCAGAAGUUUCCCUCUGGUUUUGCUUUCUCCUUCAGUGCAUCUGACCAUCAGUCUUUGCUUGCCAAGCUGUUUGACAUGGGGUUUUUGGAAUUCAAGGCUCUUAGAUGUGAAUGUUGUGAGUAGGGUGCUGACGCUUCAGGUGAAGCUGGAGGGUCACGCUGAAAAUCUUGAGAGCCUGCAGAGCUGACUCUUGUGAAGGAUGGUGCAGAACCUAGAACUGCUUACAAACAGCAGCAGCAGCAGAAGGGAAAGGUCUUGUGACUUCUUGACAGUGUCUGGGGAUUCUUGCUGCGCACUGAUUCUUGCCCACUUGUCCAGUCACCUCUGUAACCUGUCAAGGAUCUUUUUGGCUGAUCCUUCUUCCUUUUUAAAGAGUGCCCAGAUAUUUGGGCACUGCAGCUUAGUUAGCCAAAAAUAAAGGUAGCAAGUGGUCUUGUUCAUCUAUUCCAGUAAUUUAAUUUGCAAGAUAUCUGUCCCUCCUCCUUGUGAGUUCUUGUGCAGAUAGAAACCUACUUCUGGUUUCCUACUCAUGCUGCCAGAAGCCAGAGGUUUUGCUAUAUGGUUUGGUGAAUUCCUUUAGUCCCUUUUACUUAGAGAGUGCCUGGCCAACAAAGUACCUGUACGUCCACUAUGAAUGGCAUGAAGCAUUGAGGAGUCAGCCAGGAGAGCCCUGUUCUGUCCUGCACCUGCAGAGUGACUUGGAAGUGCUGAUGAGCUCAGGGCUGUGAGCAGAGGCUGGGCUUUUGUCCCUUUGCAGAUACUUGGUGGGCACACCCAUGUGUGAUAGGUCAGGCAACAGCAAUUUCAGCUUUGGUUGCUGAGACCAAACUGAGCUGGGCUAGGUCAUGAGGAAAGGUUGCCCAGUCACGUGGAGGGGCCUGAUUUGCUAUGUAAAGUGGCAAAAUAGUCCUGCUGUAUCUGAGUUUCCAUGCAAGCCAUUUUGCGUACUAAGGUGUAGGGAUCUUAAGGACAUCUUACUGCAGAGGCUGCCCCUGUGUGCCAGGAGCAAUUGCUCUUCAUCUUCACGCCUUGUAGGUCAGAGAAGGAGAGCCUGCAAAGCAGCCUGCUGGAGGCUCAGCAGCACAUAUGGGAGCUGGAGAUGGCCAGGAGCCGUGUGGAAGCCCAAGUGCACAGGGCCAGGCAGGCCAAGGAGGCGAUACUGGAGGAUGUGAGGGGCCUUCGUCGUGAGCUGCUGGCUGUAAGAGCUCUCAGCCAGCAGCAAUGUGAAGACAUGGCUGAACAGCUCCGCUGGGCACAAGAGCAGUGCUGCAAGGCUCUGAGACUCUGGCACUCUGCCCAGGAAGAAGAAAAAAGGAAUCUCGUGCAAGAACUGGAGAGACAACUGGAAGAGCAGCAUGUGGAGACACGGAAGCAGCUGGAGGAACGGGCAAACUUCCUGGCAGAGACCUCCUUGCUGUGCUCCACUGGCGGGGAAAUGAAGAAGAGACAAUUGGGAAAAUCUUUAAUCCCCCGUCUACGCAAGGCAGGAAUUCCCCCUGUGGGCAGUGCUGCUGGGUCUGUGCACAGCUCUCCCCAGAUGGAAUUGCAGGAGUCCCAGGAGAUGAGGCCAAGACCCAGCACCAGAAGCCAAGAGAAGAGCCCGGAGUAUGCAGCUCUGACUGGCUACACUCCUGCCACGAAUCUUCCUGAGACAUGUCCUGCUUCACUCCUUCCCUUCAAGCCCUUGCCUCCCAUCCAAGAGAGCUCUUCCAUCAAUCUGAGCAAGAUGUAUGAUGGGGAGGAACAGAAAGGGAAAAGUAGCACUGACAACGAAGAUGUCAGAAGAAACAACGCGGAGCAGAGUUCAGAGGGAAAAGGACAUAAGACCUCCUUGCUGUGCUCCACUGGCGGGGAAAUGAAGAAGAGACAAUUGGGAAAAUCUUUAAUCCCCCGUCUACGCAAGGCAGGAAUUCCCCCUGUGGGCAGUGCUGCUGGGUCUGUGCACAGCUCUCCCCAGAUGGAAUUGCAGGAGUCCCAGGAGAUGAGGGCAAGACCCAGCAGCAGAAGCCAAGAGAAGACCCCGGAGCAUGCAAGCCUCUCACUGAGUCAGGCCAAGGAGACAGAUCAUCCCAGCAGUCCUGGUCUUAGGAGUGACAAAGAGCGGAGGGACAGCUUUGGAAAGACCCGCGCUGAAUUGUGCAGGUUGGCUAAAGAGAACUUAGAGCAGAAGAAAAUGGAGAUUUUGAUGGAAGAGAUGAAGAGGAGACAAAAUGAAAAGUCCUUGCAGCUUCCUCCAGAGACAUUUGAGCCUGGGGAUGCAGCUGAAGCAAGAGCAAGCAGCGUUCCCAACGGAAUCCUGGCUGAGGGGCUCAGCCUGCAGGGCCCGCCCAUGGCCGACCCUGUCCUUGCAGAGACCUCGCAGACAGCCACUGGUGCCCUGCGCCGAGAGGAGCCGCUCCGUGGGCACAGGCAGAAGGACAGAGCCUUUUCAGACCCACAGCAGGCCUUGCAGGAGGCACUGUCCUUGCUGGGCAGCGACGACUGGUAA